UUUUGUUGUCAAAAUAAAAGUGUGUUUCGUCGCAGCAAAGUUUUCGUAACAGCGCAGCCAUUCGUAAAACCUUCGUGGAAACCUUCAUACAAUUAAAGCAAUUUGUGAAAACUAGAUAUAUUAUAAAUCUUUCUAAAUUAUGCGUGUGUGAAAAUUGAAGAAUAUCGUUAGAUUGUGAUAAUAUUCAUUGUUAAAUGUGCAAAAAUAAAAAAAUAUUGUGAGGAAUAAAAUUUGAUUUUGUGCCAAAAUUUUCAAAUACUUGGUGCUUUCAUAUGAGUGAAAAAGCAUCUUUAUUGAAGGAUUUCGUUGAUUAAUUAACCCUAAACAAUAAAUCGUAUCUUCACGCACUCAAUAGUUGGAGCUAGCAGAAAAAUAUUCUGCAGUGAAUCAUCGAAAACAUCCCAGCUGAAUAGCAGGAAGUGAGUUUAGCACGAAUAGAUAUGUCUUCGCAGCCGUCCAGUUCCGCAGUUCGUGCUCUAUCAUUGGAGUACAAAAGCCUUCAGGAGGAACCAGUCGAAGGUUUUCGCGUAAAGCUGCUGAACGAAGAUAAUCUCUUUGAGUGGGAAGUGGCAAUUUUCGGACCGCCAGAUACGCUCUAUCAGGGCGGGUAUUUUAAGGCGCACAUGAAAUUUCCUCCCGAUUAUCCAUAUUCUCCACCGUCAAUACGAUUUUUGACAAAAGUAUGGCACCCAAAUGUGUACGAGAACGGUGACUUGUGUAUCUCGAUUCUACACCCGCCGGUAGACGAUCCACAGAGCGGUGAAUUGCCCUGUGAACGAUGGAAUCCUACGCAAAACGUUAGAACCAUCCUGCUGUCAGUGAUCUCUCUGCUGAACGAGCCAAACACCUUUUCCCCAGCCAACGUCGAUGCAUCAGUCAUGUACAGGAGAUGGCGGGACUCACAGGGCAAAGAUAACGAGUACCCAAAUAUCAUAAGAAAACAAGCACAGGCGGCUAAAGCUGAAGCAGAAAAGGAGGGAAUCAUUGUACCGACUACACUGGAAGAGUACUGCAUCAAAUCUAAGACGAAACCGAGCGGUCAGGAACCUCAGCUCGAUAUGACAGACUUCUAUGACGACGAUUACGACCUAGACACCGAGGAUGAUGAUCAAGUGUCGGUUGAAUCGUUCGCCGAUGGUGACGAUAGCGGAAAUGGUGAGUCAUAACAGACCAACGGAUGUAGUGUUAGUUCUGUUUAAUUUACUAAACAUCUGUAAUUGAAAAAAAAUGGUGAAUGCAAACAAGAGAAUGCUAUACAUAGAAAUAAAAAAAAUUAAAGACGUUACAUUGGAAGCCGGUAAAUGGCAUAUGUUUUAAUUUCAUAUUGGCAUGGUUACAUUUGAUACGACUAUCCAUAUUCAGCUUAUUGAGUACAUCGUCAAACAGAUAAGCAGUCGUCAUUGUGUGCUACAAUUUAGAACCGAAUACAUAUAUUGUGUGGAUACAGAGAUUGAAAAUGAAGAUAAAAUCAGACGAGCGUUCUGAAUAUUCGUUCUAUUCUUCCUAAAUGCGUUUCUCUAUCUUCAGUGUUGCGUUCCAAAAACACUAGCUUGCUGUAAAUAAACUAAUAUAGAGAUUGGGCAACAUAAAAGGAAUGCAACGAUCCAUUCAUUUAUAAGCAUGCCCAUUAUAUGUAAUGUUAGUUUGAGUACGGUUAUGGUUUUGCAAGAAAAUUUGCGAUUGAUUACUGUUCAGUAGUCGAUGUAAAUGAAGAAAUAGUGCUCACAAGAAUAUAUGCAUACACACACACCAAUAGUAAAAGUAGUAAUAAAAGACGAAUUAUACAAUAAUAAUUGACGAUAGGUGAAGCCCGCAGCACGCAAUUGCGGUAUAAAUACCCAUCCUUGUUAUGAAAACUAACACUUCGAAAAACGUACUUGUUCGAAUCAUUGUUUUGCUAUGUUUUUAUUAACAAACACCUGAGUUUUGUAAUAUACAUUUCCUCUCUGCAAUAUAUCACGAAUCAUUUUCCUUACUAUUUUUUGUUCGUCUUCAUGGUAAGUGCAGCGAAGUUUCGAAGCAAUAUAGUAGUAGUAGUUCAUCCAUGGAAAUAUUUAAAACAGUGUCAGACAUUACAUUACAACAAAGUUUCAACCAAUAAGUCCUGCUAACUAUCUCAAUCUCUUCUCUCAUAGCGAGUAGUAUUAAGAUAAGAUCGCGUAAAGCCAAUUAAAGGAAAAUUAUGUUCAGGCGGUACUUUAACUUUUCGUCACAUUUUUUUAUUAUUAUUUUAUGUGAACAUUGUAGCGUAGAUCUAUUGAUUUUACAUAAAACAGAAAAUACAAGGAAUUUAUUUUAUUUUUACAUAGAAA